AUGACCGAGCGCAAGGGCAUUUACUUUGGCACCAUUGAUGCUGUCACUAAUGACAUAGUGCCUACUAGUGUACGUAAUGCUAGUGGUAAUCAUGGAAUAGCUAGCAACUUGGAGGUCGCCAUCCGUGCGGGCAACGUGAACGUGUCGGAUAACGUCGAGACUGAGGUGCUCGAGUUAUCAGAGAGCAGUCGUGCGGCACAAGAGAGACAUGCACAGCUAUUGCGUCGUAUUGAAGCAGAAAAGAGAGCGCGGAAUAUUGCAGUGCCUACUAUUGUAGAGGAAGUGAUUCGACGGCUACGGCAGCUUGGUGAGCCAAUCACUUUGUUUGGAGAGCGACCGGCCGAUCGUCGCGAACGACUGCGCGAGAUUUUAUCUCGACUUGAACUAGAAGCAGAAGAAACUGGAUUUGUUCAUGAGGUGCUAGCAGAUAUUCAGCAGCAGGGUGUGGGACCAGAUGCAGGGGUAGAACGAGCUGCAGCAAGAGAAACUGCAACUGCCAAAACCACAAAGCCACAAGAAAAUCAGUUGUUCUAUGUACCCAUUAGGAACGAAAGGCUGAAGAGUGUGCGUGCUACCAUUUUCUCCCAUACUGCAAGUGUGGUAGGGGCGCGGCUGAAGCGGGAGCGACAGGAGAGGAAUAUAAGUCAGGAGGAACGAGCCCAGGACAGUUGA